AUGUCUUCUCGCGAGGAGCCCCCCUACGACCCGUACAUCCCGUCGGGCGGCGCCGGUGGACAGCAGGGCGCCCAGGGCCAGAAUGGCAACCACCGCACUGCAGCUCUCCAAGCGGAAAUCGACAGCACCGUGGGCAUUAUGCGCGACAACAUCAACAAGGUCUCAGAGCGAGGAGCACGCCUGGACUCGCUGCAAGACAAGACUGACAACCUUGCCGUGUCUGCCCAAGGCUUCCGAAGAGGCGCCAACCGUGUGCGCAAGCAGAUGUGGUGGAAGGACAUGAAGAUGCGCAUGUGUCUGAUUGUUGGCAUCAUCAUUCUGCUGAUUGUCAUCAUUGUCCCUUCGGUGGUGGCUACGAAGAACAAAUAA